UAAGACUAAGAAAAUAUGGUUCAUUUAGUAUGUAAUAAAAAUGAAUACGGAAUAUAUCAGUUCAUUUAUUUCCAGCCCUCCGUACCUCACGCAGAAGGUCCACUCCGUGGAGUAGCUCGCCUGGCUAGUCCUGAUGGCCGUGAUGUUCACGGUAACGUGACUUUCACCCAGCUGGAUGGCAAGGUUGAAGUAAAGGGAAAGAUCUAUGGUAUGCCACCUGGUGAAUACGGAUUCCACAUCCACGAGACCGGAGAUAUCACUAACGGUUGCCUCUCAGCUGGAGCACAUUUCAACCCUGACAAGAAGGACCAUGGUCAUCCUGAUGACGAAAACCGUCAUGUUGGUGACCUCGGCAACGUGGAGUUCGACAACGAGCAGCUCAGUAACAUUGACUUCACUGAUAGCGUGAUAGCUCUCUACGGAUCCCACAACAUCAUUGGCAGGGCUGUCGUGCUUCACGAGAUGGCAGACGACUUCGGCAGAUCGGACCACCCUGACUCGAAGAAGACUGGCAACGCUGGUGGUCGCGUUGCUUGCGGCGUUAUCGGAAUUUUGAGUCCUGUUAAUGGAUGGAUGAUGAAUGCAGCAUCCAAAUUCGUGACCGCUACAAUUGCGAGCUUCCUAGUAUCAGCCAACGUCGCUCUGUUCCAGUAAAUUAUAUAUUCAAUAAUACACGCAUAAUUUAUUUAUUGUUGUUAUUUUCAUUUACAUAAAUAAAGAAGUUUUGAUUUUC